AUGACAUCGUCUGUUGUUUAUCGGCAAAAGCAUGCCUUAAUUAUUGGUAUCAAUAAUUAUCUACGUAAUCCAUUAGAAUAUUGUAUCAAUGAUGCCGAAGAUCUAGAAAAAAUUCUUCAGCGAAUUGAUUUUCAUGUAUUACUUGGAAUUGAUUGCAAUCUUUAUAAAUUCUACAGUAUAAUAGAUACAUUCACUAAUAGAAUUCAACAGGAUGAUUUGAUUUUAUUCUAUUUUGCUGGUCAUGGUAAACAAAUCAAAGAUGAGGAUUAUUUAUUACCAGUAGAUUAUUAUUAUGAUUAUCGAGAAAAUGAACAAGACUAUAUCAUCAAACAUGCUAUUAACAUCAAAUAUAUAAUAGAAAAAAUCAAUCGUCAAAAAUGUCGUGUGGAAAUAUAUUUAUUUGAUUGCUGCAGACACAUGAUACGUACUCGAUCGAUGAAUUCAAAUCAUAAUCUAUUAUUCAUGAAUGGAUCAUCACAAACUCUUAUUGUAUUUGCUCGUGCUCCGGGUAAUGCAGUGCAAGAUGAAACGCGUAAUAAUAGAAAUGGGAGUUUUAUGGAAAAUCUAUUAAAACAUAUUACAAUACCUAAUAAAGAUAUCGAAGAGAUAAUAAAACAAGUUGCUGAUGAUGUUAACAAACAAACAGAUGGUUUUCAAUUAUUACAUCGAAUAAGCUCUUGACCAGAACAUCGAGAAUUAAUAGCCAAACAACUAGCUAUGAAAGCACAAUUUUUUCUUGAACUAAGAAAAUAUUUAUUUCCACCAGCCAUUCGUGCUUUGAAACAUGCAAUCGUUGGUUCAAUGUUUUGGUUUGAAAAAUCAUUACUUAUGGACGGAUUGAUACAAUUACUUAUUUAUUUACGUGAUCCAAACACCGGUUUUGUCGAAGAAAUUUUUGAUUUUAUACCUUUAUUGAUUUGUUGA